AUGAUCCAAACUACCAGACACUGGCUAACGUACAGGGUGAUGUGUUUGGCGCCGAUAAGAAGAACGCUCCAGCAGGUGGUGCACCGGGAGGUGCUCCAGCCAGCGGGAGGAGCACCACCUCAGAUCAAACCUGGAGCUGGAGGCAUGGCAGGAACGUUCGAUCCCAACUAUCAGACACUUGCAGGAAUGAAUGCUGACGUUUUUGUAAAAUAA